AUGAAGUUGUGGACCGCUCUUUUCUCCCUAGCUGCCUCUGGUGCUCUAGCGGCGCAUAGUGUCAAAGAGACGGUCGUUCCUCCUCGAGAGUGGAUUCGCGACGGACUUGCUCCUUCCAGUCACAUCCUAGAACUGCGAAUCGGUCUUCGGCAAUCCAAUUUUGACGCUCUUGAACGACACCUGUACGAGGUCAGCGAUCCUUCUCACAGCCGGUAUGGCGAAUACCUGUCCAAGGAGGAGGUAGAGGACCUAGUCGUGCCUCAUCCAGAAAGUUUGACAGCAGUCGACGCGUGGCUUUCGUCUUACGGCCUUCCAGAAAGCGAAUACAUCCGUUCUUCAGCCAAGGACUGGCUAACCAUCAAUAUCCCGGUCAGCCUUGCCGAGAAGUUGCUGGACACGGAAUAUCAUGUCUGGAGACACGCCGAGAGCGGAGAGUACAUUGUUCGAACGACCAGUUACAGCCUACCACCUCAUUUGCACGACCACAUCGAUGUCAUCCAACCCACAACCAUUUUCUCUCGUAUGAUGGGCUUCAGGUCUACCAUCCACGAUUUCGAUGCUUCGCCCGCGGCAAUGAAAGUAUUGAAUGGCACGACCACGGAUCUGGACUCUGGUGCCAUCAUCGACAACAGCUGCAAAUAUGCGAUUACUCUAAACUGCCUCGAACAACUAUACAACGCAGCUAACUAUAACGCCACGGACCAAUCUAAGAAUGGCAUCGGUAUUACCGGGUACCUGGAGGAAUACGCCAAUGAUCAGGAUUUGCAAUCUUUCUAUGGCGAACAGCGACCCGAAGCUCAGGGCUCUCAAUUCGGAGUCGUGUUGAUAAAUGGUGGCCAGAAUCCUCAAAAUGUAUCACAGGCUGGCGCUGAGGCGAACCUUGACGUUCAAUUUGCUUUCGGGUUGAGUUUCCCUAUCAAAUCUACCUUCUAUUCGACGGCUGGUCGUCCACCUUUUAUCCCGCCAUAUCAGACUAGCAAUUCUAGUGCUCCUUCCAAUACGAAUGAACCUUACGCAGAGUGGCUUGACUAUAUGUUGGAUCAAGAGGACCUCCCGGCGACUAUUUCCACGAGUUAUGGAGAUGAGGAAAAUACCGUUCCCUUGGACUAUGCACGUCGUAUCUGUCAAGGCUUUGCACAACUCGGAGUUCGCGGUAUCUCUUUACUAUUCGCCAGCGGCGACAGUGGUGUCGGUAACGGAGAGUGCAUCACAAAUGAUGGUACCCAGGCCAAAAGAUUCGUUCCAAGUUUCCCUGCGUCUUGCCCCUACGUUACGGCAGUGGGUGGAACAUCAGGCAUCCCAGAGCGGGCGGUCUAUUUCUCCGGGGGCGGCUUCAGUAACUAUUUCGCUCGUCCCAAAUGGCAGGACAGAGCGGUCAAGGAAUACCUCGCAGGCCUUCCCAAUGGCACCUACGAGGGCCUUUACAAUGCUUCCGGAAGAGGAAUCCCAGACGUCUCCGCAUAUGCAGUGAACUAUCGCAUUUGGUACAGGGGAUUAGCAUCCAGUAUCGGUGGGACUUCAGCGUCAGCGCCUACGUUCGCGGGACUAGUUGCUUUGCUGAAUGACGCCAAACUGAAAGCCUCCAACUCAACCCUAGGAUUUUUGAACCCGCUACUCUACAAGAAAGGUUUAGCGGGUUUCAAUGAUAUCAAGGCCGGGAACAAUCCUGGCUGCGGUACUGACGGGUUCAAUGCGACUAAAGGCUGGGAUCCAGGCUUACGAAUGACAGCGACCGGCCUUGGAACCCCCAACUUUGGGAAGCUCAAGGACCUGCUGACUGGUUAA